AUGUCUAGCAAGCCCGUGGAGGUGCCUGACUGGGGAGAUGGCCUGGAACCCAUUGCCAUUGUAGGGAUUGGCUGUCGAUUCCCGGGAGAGUGCUCCACGCCAUCCAAGCUAUGGGAUCUCCUGAAAGAGGGCAAGUCAGCCAACUCAGACCUGCCGAAGAACCGAUUUGAUAUUGAUACCUGGUAUCACCCACGAACGGGCCGGCCAGGAAGCAUCCACACCCGUGGAGGCUACUUUCUCAGUCACCACGAUGACUUUCGUCAGUUUGAUCCCUCCUUUUUCGGCAUCAGCCCACUGGAAGCUGCGACCAUGGAUCCCCAGCAGCGCAAGUUGCUCGAGGUCGUCUAUGAGAGCUUUGAGAAUGCCGGGGCCACUCUGGAAGAUCUCAGUGGCUCCAAGACUUCGUGCCAUGUGGGCUGCUUCACACACGACAUGACCAAUAUGAAUGUGCGUGAGGCCGAGUAUGGGACGCCGUACCAAAUGACGGGCAGCGAUAUGACCAUCUUGAGCAACCGGAUCAACUAUGUCUUCAACCUGAAGGGUGCCAGUGCCACGGUUGAUACUGCCUGCUCGAGUUCGCUGUAUGCACUUCACAUGGCUUGUCAGGGCCUCUUGUCCGGCGACGUCGAUGCCGCCGUGAUUGGCGGCACCAAUCUGAUAGUGGGAGUGGAGCAGCAGAUUGCGAGCGCGAGACUGGGCGUCCUCUCCCCCACCUCCACGUGCCACACCUUUGACGAAAGUGCCGAUGGUUUUGGCAGAGGUGACGGCAUAUGUGCCAUUUACUGCAAGAGACUGUCGACAGCGCUCGCCGACGAGGAUCACAUUCGCGCCGUCAUCCGAUCGACYGCAGUCAACACCAAUGGCCGGAGUCAAGGAAUCAACCAUCCGAGCGUAGAGGGUCAGGAGGCUGUGAUACGCAUGGCCUACGCCAGAGCUGGUCUCGAUUUCGACGACACUGGCUAUUUUGAGUGCCACGGGACGGGGACCCCCGUUGGAGACCCCAUUGAAGUUGCCGCCGUCGCAAAUGUGUUUGCUGCUGGCCGAACGGUGGAGAACCCUCUGCUUCUUGGCUCGGUCAAGACCAAUAUUGGACACACCGAGGGAGCGAGUGGCCUUGCGAGCAUUGUCAAGGCGGUCUUGAGUAUCGAGCAUGGCGUAAUCCCUCCUACUGUGGGCAUCAAAUCCCUUAAUCCAGCGAUUGAUUUCAAAGGUGGUCGAUUGGCUGUUGUGCAAACCCCUAUGCCAUGGCCAAGCGGGCUACUGAAGCGAGUGAGCAUCAAUUCCUUCGGAUACGGGGGUAGUAACGCCCAUUGUCUGGUCGAGUCCAAGGCCAUUUUACUGAAUCCCUCCUCAUCCCGACCGGCUUCAAUCACCGACGGGGUCGAGGCUCCUCUGGCUGCCCAACCCGACAUUAGCAUAUCCCACGUCGUCGAGGGUAAUGACGGUACGAUUAGCAUGCAAGGUGACAAUGUGCAUAGUCAGGUCAAUCACAGAUAUCUUUUGCCCUUCUCAGCUCACGACCAGCCCACCCUGGAGAGGAACAUCUCCGCUCUUGCCGGUGUGGCGAACGGGCUUUCCGCUUCUGAUAUCGCACACACCCUGUCAUACCGAAGAACGAGACAUCGUAGCCAUGCGUUUGCCAUUGUUAGCGCUACCGAACUUGGUUCGCAACCCUUGUCCGGCGGGACGAAGUACCUACCUCCGACAACUGCCAGAAAGCCAGUCGUCGCCUUCGUAUUCACAGGCCAAGGAGCGCAAUGGCCCCGCAUGGGUCUUGCGCUAAUUCAGCAAUACCCUAUCUUCAGGAAGACCAUUGAGAGUUUACAGUCAGUAUUGGAUGAUCUUCCAACGCCACCGAAAUGGCGAAUAUUGGACGAGUUGUCCAAGUCGGCCCAGGAUAGCAAGGUUCAAGACACUGCCCUCUCCCAGCCGCUGUUUACGGCAGUCCAGAUCGCUACGACGGUUCUUCUCGCGUCGUGGGGAAUCGAACCAAAAGCUGUUGUCGGCCAUUYCCUCGGAGAGGUGGCAGCUGCAUUCGCCUCAGGCCUACUGGAUGCCGGAGAAGCGAUAGCGGUGGCGUAUUAUCGUKGGAUCUCUGUGGCAGCCCGACAUACACAUGGUGCCAUGAUGGCAGUCGGACUGGGUGCCGUGGAGGUGGCACGGUACAUCGAAGACCAGCCAGAUAUCGUGAUAGGAUGCCAGAAUUCUCCUCAGAGUGUAACUCUCAGCGGUGGCGACGCUGCGAUCGACCAAGUGCGCGACGCCCUGGUCAACGACGGCGUCUUUGCUCGAAAGCUCAACACCGCCCAUAAUGCCUACCACUCGCACCUCGUCAAGGAGGCCGGUCAAUACUUUCAAGACUGUUUUAAGCAUUCCUUUUCUGACCUUAGGCACGUCGCCAGAUCAUCGACAGCCCCAAUGUACUCGGGCAUUACAGGAAAGGUUAUCGAAAGUCAAGAAGACGUCGUCGGCGUUGGKUACUGGAGGAAAAGCCUGGAGAGUCCUGUGCUUUUUCCUCAGGCUCUCUCCAACUUGCUACAGUCCCAGCCCGCCGUGAACUGCUUGGUCGAGAUUGGCCCACACUCGUCACUCUCUUCGCCAAUUCGAGAAAUUAGAUCUUCGCUCGGACUGUCUGCAGAAGAUCUGACCUACUUUCCAAGUCUUGUGCGCGGUGAAGAUGGUGUUGAGAAUGCAUUGAAGCUGGCCGCCUCUCUGUUCGCUUCAGGCUUUCCUAUUAAUAUGAGCGCGAUUAACGGCAAGGGAAAGUUUCUUCCAUAUUUGCCACCCUACCAAUGGAACUACGAUGAAGACAUGCCUGUGUCCGAAAACAGGCUGAGUCGCCAGCUUCGCUACCGCAAGCACCCUCGUCACGACCUUUUGGGAAGUCGCCAGCUGGGAAACUCAAGCUUCAGCGCAGAAUGGCGGAACAGACUCAAUUUCAUCAAGGACGUCCCUUGGAUUUCCGAUCAUCUGGUCGGAGACGACGUGAUAUUCCCAGCAGCCGGGUACGUGGCCAUGGCCAUUGAAGCCGCCACUCAAAUCGCUGAACUCCAAGGCGUGGCCGUCCAGGGUUAUAGAUUUCAACGACUCUACAUCAAAGCUCCGCUCAUUCUCUCUCCAGAGGGUGAGGUCGAGACUCUCUUCAACCUGCGUGUUCUUGACGAUACUCCCUCUCACCGAGGCAAGUCUUGGUUUCACUUCAGUCUAAGCACAGUGAAUGCUGACGCAGUGAAUGCUGACGACAAAUGGACCGAGCAUGCUGCUGGCAAGAUCACUCUGGAAAGAUCAAAUGAGUCUACACCUACCAAUAAACUGGAAGUCCUGGGGCAUCGAGGAGGUGAGAACGAAGAAAGUAGCGAUCGGCGAUGGUACUCGACGAUGGCAAACAUCGGACUGCGUUAUGGGCCCAGCUUUCGCCCGCUCAAGGAUAUCCGCACCACAGCACAGACAGGUGAUGCCAUGUCAUACAUCAAUCUUCAACCGACAAAAGGUUUGAUGGUACAAGAGUCGCGAUACAUGAUACAUCCGGCCACAAUAGAUGGCUGCUUGCAACUUGCUGUUAUCGCGGCUCACAAUGGCGAUGUCAAGGAAAUCGGCAAGGCAUAUUUGCCAACGGUCAUUGACGAUCUCGCAGUGUGGCAGACAGAUGAUGCCUCUACCCUCCAACCCAAUGGCAUACUCCACAGCCAUGGUGUACGGAGAGGUAUGCGUUCGGCUCAUGGAACAUCGGAUCUGUACACCACAAAUGGUCGACAGCUUCUCCACGUCGCCAUAUCAUUCUUCUCGCUUGAAGGAAGCUUUGGCAGCACUGCCAGUCAAAAGCCUCGUCAACCAUAUACUCGCCUUAUUUGGCAGCCAGACAUUGACAGAGUAUCUAUUCGCGAACUCUACCCAAGUGGCGCCAGUACCAGUGACGGCUUUUGGAUCGAACUGGCCAACGUUGUCAAGCUCAUCGCGCACAAGGAACCUCGACUCAAGAUUAUAGAGAUCGGUGCCGGCGCUGGAGGCGCAACAACGGCAGUGCUUGCUGCUCUACAAGCGAGCUCUCUGAACCCACGCUUUGUUCAGUACACGUUCACAGAUACCAAUACUGCUUUCCUGGACGCAGCCCAGGAAAAAUUUGACAAUGUCAAAAAUAUGGAUUUUCGCGCCCUGGACAUCGAGCGAGACCCGUUGAGUCAAGGGUUCGCUGCCGGAACCUACGAUAUUGUGCUUGCAUCCAAUGUCAUUCACGCGGCCAAGAGUAUUGAUGACACCUUGGCGCAUUGCAAACGCCUCCUCAAGCCUGAUGGACGUCUUAUAAUCGUCCAGACGACCGGAGAGCGUACUCCGACCACGUCCCAACUUGGAUCCCUGCCUGAAUUCCAGCAAGCCGAACAUGAUGGCCGUGUCGACAGCUCAUUCUUGUCCAAGGAAGGCUGGAACAGCCGCCUGUUGGAUGCUGGCUUUUCUGGCACUAACAUUCUGCUGAACGACUACACUGGUGACAUCUCAUCCAACAGCAUCAUAGUCUCCAACGUGGGACAGGGCGUGCAGAAGGAAGCAGGAACGGAGAAGCUAUGGCUUGUCUAUCGAAACAUUCCACACCCGUUGAUCAGGGACAUCGAGUCGCGAGCGAAAGCUCAUGGCCUCGAAACAGAACUCACUCCACUAGUCACCCCAAACCUUCAAGUUACAAAGGGAGAUCGCAUCAUUAUGCUGGCAGAACUCGAAGGUCCGCUGCUGAGUAACAUGACGCAGGCGGAGAUGGAUGGUGUCAAGAUGUUGUUCAAAACCGCCUCAUCGGCAGUCUGGGUGACAAAUGGUGGACUCCUGAAGGGAAAGGUUCCUCAGCACUCGCUCAUUUUUGGGAUCGCGAAGAGCAUAAUCACUGAACUGCCUUCGAUCAGAAUUUCAAGCAUUGACCUCGACGUGGGAGGGAACAGUAGCCCUCGUUCAGCCGAGCUCAUCAUCUCACACGAACGAUCUCUCCGCACCGAUGACGACCGAGUCCUGGAUACUCAACUCAUUGAAUCAGACGGGAUUACAUACAUCAGUCGCUACAUCGUUGAUCCGCUUGAGAACGCUGAUUUCUCACGCCAGCUCAAGCCAACUCCUGAGAUUUCCCAGCUUCGAGGUGGAUUCAGACUUGCUUUCCAGGACGUCGGGCAGAUUGAAAGUUUCUACUUCAAAGAGAAGCUGCCUUCCCUCGUUACUCUCCGAGACAAUGAGGUUCAACUCACCCCAACAGUGUACAAUCUUGACAAAAGAGAGGCCCGCGUGCUCAAAGGUCUUCAAGAGGCGGACGAGUUCAGUCACGUGUGCGUUGCUACCGUGAAAGAUGUCCCAUGCAGCGCAACCAAGUUGAAAAUUGGCCAGCAAGUGAUCUGCUUCUCUCCUGCCAAUUUCGACAGCUCCUUUAUUGCGCACGAGGCCACCUGCGAAGUACUUCGCGCAAACGAUGAUUCUGAAAAGAUGGUCUCGUCUCUUCUGGUCUCGUCUCUUCUGGUCUCGUCUCUUCUGCCUUACUGCAGCGCYUUCUAUGCGCUGAGCAAUCUCGCCCGUGUCCAGAGAGGGCAGACGGUUCUGAUCCACCGGAUAUCGGGAUCUAUUGGUACUGCCACCGUCCGUCUUGCGCUGCUAUUCGGGGCUAGAGUGAUUGUUACCUUCGAAUCGGCGGAGAAGCAGCUUUUGCUGUCGUCCAGAUAUCCAGAACUUGCUGAGUGUCACUUGGCAGUCGCAGGCUCCGAGGCGUUGAGAAAAUUGAUAUGUGCGACGAACAAAGGACUCGUUGAUGUCGCCAUCGUCUCGCCUGGAGCUCCCGAAUUUCCCGAGAUAUGGGCGUCUCUGGCGAGCAACGGGAGACUCAUUUGUGUCGGCGACUCAGACCUUCCCAACCUUUCUCUGCUUGACCCUUCUGUCCUCUCGAGGGGUGUGUCUCUGACUUCCUUUGAUCUCUUCGACAUGGUCAAGACUCAACCCGAGGAGGUUGGAAAACUUGCACGCAAGAUCAUUCUUCUUCUAAGGGACGAGGUCAUCUCACCCAUUGCACCCGAGGCGUCCUACGACGUUCUUGAGCUACCAGCAGCUGUUGCAAUGGCUGUUCACCCGGAAACCACUUCGAGUGUACUCCUCAAAUAUGCAGACGGCUGCGUUGCGCCUAUUCACGAGCCGUAUCGGACCGUCACAUUUCCGCAUACGGCCUCGUAUCUCCUCGUCGGAUGCCUCGGAGGAUUGGGUCGGAGUUUGGUGAUGUGGAUGUUAGGCAGGGGAGCACGGCACUUUCUGUUUUUGUCGAGAUCCGGUGCCGAUAAGCCCGAAGCCGCGAGACUCAUACAGGAGCUUCAGGAAUUCGCAGCAACACGCAACGAGGAAAUGACCGUCACGAUUGCGAGGGGAGACGUUGCGAAGCGUGCAGAUGUUGAACGUGCAAUCUCCAUGGCAAAGACGCCAAUCCGCGGGGUGAUGCAACAGGCUAUGUUUCUAAAGGAUUCGCUCUUUGAUGAUAUGAGUCUUGAAACGUGGCAAGCAGUUCUGGACCCAAAGGUGCAAGGCACAAUCAAUUUGCACGAGGCGCUCAUAGACGAACCGCUCGACUUCUUUGUAAUGACAAGUUCAUUAUUGGGCACUACAGGRGCCUCGACUCAGAGCAAUUAUGCCGCGGCCAAUGCUUUUCUGGAUCACAUGGCUCGUCACAGAUGUAACUUGGGCUUGCAGGCUUGCUCUAUUGCGCUUGGCAUGAUUGUGGAGGUUGGCCACGUUGAAGCUCAUCCAGAGGUUGAGAAGGCGCUACGACGCAACGGAGGGUAUGGUAUUCCUGAGAAUGAGUAUCUGAAAAUGAUGGACGUCGCUUGUCGGCGACGAGCUCCGACACGGAUGUCUUGGGAAUGGGACAGCUGGGCCCAAUCUCACAUAGUCACUGGGAUGGAACCCGGGAAACUCACCAAAGCUGGAGGCAAGUCGUGGUGGCUUCGGGAUAAUCGAUUCCGGAGUCUUGUCAUAGCCAUCACAGGCGCAAGCGACAGCACAGAACUUUCAGGCUCGGAUGCGAAGAAGCAAACGACCGCGACGUUGCGAGCGGCAGCAGACGCGAAUGGUGAGACCGGUGUGUUGAAGGCCUUGGAGGAAUUGGUCUUGCAACGACUCUCCAAGCUGGUGCUCGUACCUAUCGAAAAGCUCCUUCCGUCAAUKGGCCGUCCGCUGGCGGAGAUUGGUAUGGACAGUAUGAUCACCGCUGAGUUGCGUACGUGGGCGUGGAGAGAGCUUCGUGCGGAUGUUCCCUUCAUGGCACUUCUUGAGGGUGGGAUGUCGAUUGCUGGUCUGGUGGAUCUGAUUUGGGAGAAGAUGGACCCUGCUGUGUGGAAGAUGGAGGCAUAG